GGGAUCCUGAGGCCAACAAGGCACGCAGCGACAGCGAGAGCGGGGAAGCUCGGCCAAGUUCUGGGGGUCCAACCGGAUGAUGAGAUGUGCCAAAAGGGAGGAGAAAAUGAAGAAGAACACACCCUCGUUGAUGAAGAGCUGAUCAAAGACCACGAGGCAGGGCGACUGAUGAACUGGGGUGAUCAAAAGAAGAAAGGGCAGAUGAGAGGCAGCGAUGGACGAGAGCAACAGAACAAGAAGCUGGUUGGGCGCGGAGUCCAACGAACCGCCGAACGGGAAAACCAAGAGGCGCUUCUAAAGUUGGAUCGCCACACGUGA